AUGGUUAAACCAAUUAUAGCUCCAUCGAUAUUAGCUGCUGAUUUUGCAAAUUUGGGUUGCAACUGUAAAAGGGUUGUGGAUACUGGGGAUGUUGAAUGGUUGCACUUGGAUGUGAUGGAUGGACACUUUGUUCCAAACAUUUCCUUGGGUCCCCCUAUUAUUAGCAGUUUAAGAAAACAGUUCCCACGAGAGAGUGAUAAGCCAAUUGUUUUUGAUUGUCAUAUGAUGGUUUCAGAGCCAGAUGAAUGGAUUGAAGAGAUUGCUAAAGCUGGUGGCGACUCGUACACGUUUCAUUUUGAAGCCACUAAAGACCCUGCAAGAGUAAUAAAGAAAAUCAAAGAGCACGGCUUGAAGGCAGCAAUGGCUAUCAAACCCAAAACCCCAGUUGAAGAGGUGUUCCCCUAUGCUGACGAUUUAGAUAUGGUAUUGGUUAUGACAGUUGAACCUGGGUUUGGAGGACAAAAGUUUAUGCCAGACAUGAUGCCAAAGGUAGAAACAUUAAGAGAAAAGUAUCCUGACUUGGAUGUUCAAGUUGAUGGAGGGUUGGGAAAAGAUACAAUCCAACCUGCUGCAGAUGCUGGUGCUAAUGUCAUUGUUGCAGGAACCUCAGUGUUCAAACCAGAAGACCCUAGACCAGUUGUCCAUUAUUUGAAAGAAACUGUGACUAAUGCUAUUCAAGCUAGAAAUAAGUAG